UGACUUGCCCGCUCACUUUCGCUCAGCCGAUGACAUUGCUGCGAACGACUCAGGCUGUUACUCUGUUAAAGUGGAUCAAAUGGAAUUUAUGCUGUUGAGGUGAAAAUUUCUGUGGCCCAUUCACCAUUUUCUUCCGCGUGCUCUCUAACAGCUACGCUAUACUUGUAGCAUCUUGAGCGCAAAGCAGGAGAAUGAACGGUACCUUAGAAUAGAGUUGCAUCAGCAACGAACCGAAAGUUUGCCGGGUACACGUGCAAUUUCACAAACUCCAGCGGAUGACUACCUUUGGGGAUUUGAGCCAUCGCAUUAUAGCAGAGACAACAUCGUAGCGGAAGAUGAAGUCUGCAGGGGUUGGAGAUGGUGGACCCUUCACUGAAAGCUACUGUAACAUCUGCAAUGCCCAGCUCAUCUCUGAGUCACAGCGUGUUGCACACUAUGAGAGCAAGAAACAUGCCAACAAAGUACGUCUGUUCUACAUGCUUCACCCAGAGGAUGGCGGCCCACCCUCUAAAAGACUGAGGCCAGACAACCCGGACAGUGCUGAAAAUGAGGUGGACAGGAACAAAUGCUGCACACUCUGCAAUAUGUUCUUCACAUCUGCCAUUGUAGCGCAGUCGCACUACCAGGGCAAAACACAUGCUAAGAGAGUGCGGCUGGUGCUGGGUGAGAAGCCAAGCGGCCCUGCCCCCACAGACUCGACCCUGAGCACACCUCAGCCCACAGAGCCGGUGCCACCCCCUCUGCCCUCAUGGCCCCCCGCGGGCAGCAACGGGGAAGCGGGCAAGUACUGCUGCCUGUGUGGCGCCUGGUUCAACAACCCUCUGAUGGCACAGCAACACUACGAGGGCAAGAAGCACAAGCGCAAUGCAUCACGGGCACGCCUUCUGGAGCAGCUGGCGGGUAGCCUGGACGCUGCCGAGGGCACAGGCUUGCGCAGUAGUUACUCUUGCAGUGUGUGUAAGGUGGUUCUGAACUCCAUUGAGCAGUACCAUGCACACCUCCAGGGCUCCAAGCACCAAAACAAUUUGAAACAACAUCAGCAAUGAGAAUUCUUGUUGGAGGCAAUGGUGGCAUACCUGCUGGAGCCCUGAAGAAAACAGGAAGAUUACAAAGCUGAACAGGCACUGAAAGGGACCAGGGGUGGGAAGAUGAUUUCUUGUCACUGAGCUUAUUAUUAUCUUGCAGGUUCCCUUUUUUGUGCUAUUUCUAUUGAAGAUCAACAUUUAGAACAAGUCAUAAGCUUGAAAUUCACACUGAUCUCCUCUAUGGCUAAAGUAUGAAUUUUAGGUAAAUUGAUGUCAGUUGGUGUUAAAAUUGUUAGAACAAUUACAAUGACAGUGGCAUAGCAUACUAUAACAACACCAGCCUGAAAAGACAGGGUCAUGUUACCUGAGUAAUUCUUUACAUCUUCAAAGUCUUGUGUGCAGUUAUAUGUGAUAUCUCUACACCACUCUGCUCCGAAAGCCCUGAUGGAUCACUCAGAAAUGAAAAGCUGGAAAAGGCACAAAGAAGAGAUUUUGAGCCAUUUUAGUGAUUUUUUUGUCAGGUACAUGCCAUGUGGACUACAUUGAUGUGAAACUGAUCUUGGCCCCAGUGGCCAAAGCCAGGAUUUUCCACUGUUCCCACACUGGCCACAGUACUUUCUCCCUAAACAAUACGUCUUCAAUCACACCCUAAUUCACUAUGAAGAAAACUAGAAAGCUUUACUGCUGAAGGGAGUUACUUGGCUAAUUGCUGACUGCAGAUUACUAUGGGACUCAGUACAGAUUCAUCAGUAGCUCUCUCCCAGUCUUUUCCUUUCCACUGGUGUUGAAAGGGAGCACUGUAACACAAAAUGAACAGGUCAUUCACAUUUACUCAGUUUCUGAUUUAAUGAUGAUGGCAUUAGACUUUACAUGCUUAUAUCUAUGCCGAAAGGACAGUCUGUACAAAAGAAAAAAAACAAUUCAAUGCCUUCGUUUUAUGUUGCAUAUCAAUUAUUUUUAAUGUGUUUUCAGUAGCUAGCAUUUUAUUUGAAAUAAUUCUAAAAAUCUGAUUUAUAAUUGGAUGACUUAAUUCAGUUAUGCAAUCAAAAUUAUUAUCAAUCAUGCUGAGUCUGUUUUUAAAUGAUAAGGGUGAAAAACUGAUCAUUUAAAAUACAUUUUUGAAUCUCUCAGUGUUAUAGGAUUACAGUAAUCCUUUGCCGUCUAAAUUGUGUCGCUAUUUAAAACAUAACUCUUUUAACCUUUGAACUAUUGAGUCUGUUUAAACAGCCAUCAAAGCAGAGAGCACACUUUCAUGGACAUGUUCAAGUCAGAGCCCUGCAGUGUGUCAGAAAUAAGCAGCAUGUGUAAAACCACAUAGCAUUCCCUUAGUACUUCUCACUGGGAGACACUAGAUUUGAUAUCUUGCCAUACAAACUAAAUGUCAAGCCUGGACAAUUGCUGGCUAAAUCAGGAUACAGGAUUGUGAGAAAUCCCAUUUAAGGGGUAUGAAUUAGCCAUGUGACUUUCUCCUGCCCAACAGUACUUUGGAACAUUGCCUUGAAACAGAGGGCAAGACACUGACAACAUAAGGAUGCAAGACAAAACUGCACAUUAACCUACUAAACUGGUUUUGACUCAAUUUCAGAUAAUCUCUGUGCUCGGAGCAUUUUGCUGUUCUUAUUGUUGUAAUGCUUAUCAUGUGAAAUGCCUUUUUGAAAGAACACACACCAAACAAAAUGUGUAAUUGGUAAUAGUUACAAUGUGGUGUGAGUCAAAAAAAGGGUUUAUUUACAGAUAACAGAAUAUAUGCUGUAUGUAUAUAAAAUGCAUAUCAAACAGGCACAAUAUGGUUGCACUGGGGGGCUUCUUAAGUAGAAUAUAUGAAAAUCAACGCUGUAUCUGUUCUAUUUUUUUCUGAAACUGAAAACAGUGACAAUGUUAGGAUUUGUGCACAUUUGUAAAUACACUUGAUAUCUAUUUUCUCUUUGAAACAAGAAA